AUGAAACACAGCAAUAACAAUAACAACGUUAAACUACUCGCCGUCCUCGCAGACGCUGAGCAGGACGAGAAGAGCGAAUAUCGCUUCCUCGUCGACGACACCCACGUAAGAUACGUCACCAUCGACGGCGGUCUCAUCCCCCCUGAGGACCGCACCUACGAGCCCGUUCUGCUCCCGCAGCUCCCCGUGUUUCCCCCGGGCGACUGGAACGAGGGCCGCGUCGGGAAAGACGGGCACACAGGGAAGCCCUUCUUCUGCGAGACCCGGAGGUGCAGUCUGCCCGGCAUCGGCAACGUCUGGCACGACACCACCGUCGACCACCUGGAGCUCCGGCAGGUCGAGCGCGUGCGCCAGACCAUCUACCGCGUGACGCACCCUGCCUUCAAGACGCCCGUCCUGGCAAAGUUUGCCCAGUUCCCCUGGGAGAUCCCCUAUUUCGCUGCCGAGACCACCGCCUACGAGUGGAUCCACGGCCGGGGUAUCGGCCCCGUGUUUCUCGGCCACAUCCAUGAGAACGGCCGUGUCAUCGGCUUCCUGCUCGAGGAGAUCCCCGGCGCCCGCACCGCAGAGCCCGGGGACCUGGCCGCCUGCCAGCGCAGUCUGCACAGGUUGCACGAGCUGGGUAUUGUGCACGGCGACAUCAACAAGCACAACUUCCUCAUCAGGGGUGACGACGGUGAGGCUGUUCUCAUCGACUUCGAAACCGCUCACAAGUGCUCAGAUCCUGAUCUGCUAGAUGAAGAGUACAGGCAGGUUAAGGAGCGCCUGGAGGAUACCUCGGGGCGUGGAGGAGCAGGUAUGGCGAGUGACUCAAGUUCAGAUUGA